AUGCGCUGGGGGGUUGGCCAGGGAUCCAGGCAUCUUCAACAAGCCGUUUUCAUCCUCUUUGCAACCCACAGAGCAUUUACUCCUCCUUCACUUUUCAUCGUCCGACAUCUCCGUCACUCUUCAGUGCUACCAUGGCCGUUAGCCAUAGCCGUCCGGGAGCGACGGUUGCAGGAUACAAGGCCUGUACGGAGUCCGGAGACCACUCUUCUACCCUCCACACCAAGCGAAGAAGAAUAUCGGGUAGAAGCCCUGUCUGGAGACGCACAUCAGCCGGAGGCGAAGAGCACGGAGGACGCGUCAAAGCCGCUGUCUCAGGAGGAUUUCACAUCGCUGAUCGAUGCAUUGUUUUCCGGUGGGAAGAUCGAACGCGUCGUGUUGCGCAAGUUGCGGCGGACGGGUGGGACGGUGGGGCUAUUCGAACAUCUCGGGGAUCGCGAAAGAGUGCGCAAACUCGCGGUGUCUAUGGCAAAGACGAAGCGUCCUCAGCGCGCACUUCAAGUCUUAACUUUAGCGCACGAACUAGGUUGCGAGCUCGAGCAGGCUGUAUACGAGGUUGUUGCCCGCCAGUUGGCCGAGACCGGCAAAUGGCGUCAUGUUCAAUCUCUUGUCAGUCUUGGCAAGCGACAAACAGGCAGUUCGACGGUACGCCUAUUAAACUGGCGUGCACGGGCCUUAGUGGAGAAGGAGAACUUUAUUGCCUUGGACAGUGUUCUAAGAAGGUUCAAACAAGAGCAUUUGAAAGCCAACAGGAGGACCUAUUAUAUUCUUAUCUCGGGUCAUGUGCGAAAUCGCGACCUCUCCAAAGCCAGAAGGUAUCUCACCGAAAUGGAGGAGGCAGGAAUACCCGUCGAUGCGACCACCCAUGCCCUCAUUGUUUCAGUGUAUCGCUCCCUCGGUCCCGACCCUACUGUGAAGGCUCGGGCAUUAGAGGCUUUGCACGACGUCGACGACCGCCUAGGGACUAUUAUUAUAAACAGCUUGAUACAAGUCUCAUUGGAUUCGCUCGACAUGCCCGGUGCUAUCCAACUUCUCUCUCUUUUCAACGGACGUGCAGGCAACCACGACCACCCUCCAGACGAUGGGGAAGGUACCACCCAGGAAGGCGGAAACACCACACUCGUUGCGAGUACAGAUACAAGGUCGGGAAAGACUAUACCGGUAUCAGGCGCUGUGGAGGACAAGGUCACGUUUACUAUGCUCCUCAACCACCUGGCCAGACAAGGCGACCUCUCUCGUGCGAUGCAGGUGCUGAAGCAGAUGAACGCCUUGUGCAUCUCUCCGGAUGGCAGCACUGCUGCCGCACUUAUCCGCGUAUUCUUUGCCGCGGGACAAGGGGGUACCGCAGUGUAUAUUAUUGCGGAUAUGUGCAGGAAACACCAAAUAUCCCGUGCGCUCUUCAAAAAAAUUGGGUUGGUCCAUCACAACGCCGAACUUCCCUUGAAUUUCUCCAACAUCUCUCCUACCACCGAGGUCUUCAAUGCACUUCUUGAGGGUGUGCUCAAGACUCGCGGUCUCAAUGGUAUGCACACAGUUCAGCAUAUCAUGCAAUCCUGCGGCAUCCGCGUCGAUGAGCUCACCCUCGAGAUCUACCUUUCAUACCUUGAUAAGCUUGAUUAUGCUCGUCCUCGAGAAAUCAUCCGGACCUUCAGAAGGUUGUUGUCAGGGGGAGUCAGGCUGACUUUGCGCCACCUUCAUGUGAUUUUACGGUCCGUACUACGUCGUGAGAGGCGACUUGUGCGACGUCGGCAUCGGGAUGAUUCCGUUACCUCCAACCGCGUAGAGGCCCUUGCCGCUUCCGGUAGAUUCUCAGAAGUCGCCAAGUCGCUCGAUCCCACUGCUGGUAUCAAGUUGCCUCUUGCAUCGUCAUAUCAUGCUCUAGCGCGGCCGCUCCUGCAUUCCCUAAAGACGAGGGGAGUGAGGAGCGACAGGGCGACCUUCGCGUUGCGCAUCAGGCACGACGCUGUAGUCAAGGGUGACAUGGAAAUGGCGAAGCAAUCGUUCCAGCAAAUGGUCCAUCGUGGCAUGUACCCAAAUGAAUACCACUUUGCGGCACUCAUAGAGGGGUAUGCGGAAGCUGGCGAUCUGCGGUCGGCGGCUGAGAUCGUGAAGACAGCUGCCGCGUCGGGCAUCACUCCCAACGUUACCAUGUAUACCAUCCUCAUCACAGGAUACGCCCGUCAGCGAAAUCCGACCCAAGCCUUGCAUGCAUUCCACGAUAUGGUUGCCACUGGGAUAAACCCUGACGUGGUGUCAAUUGUCACGUUAACCCGGGCGUUCUAUAUCGUGCGUGCAUUGAGGGAUGCGCGACGAGUUCUCAUACAGCUUUGGCCAGCCGUCGCCCCAUUCCCGGAGGAGCUGCAGAAGGCCUCUCUGAAGCACUUGUUGGAAACCUUCCAGUCGCUCACCCCAUCCAAUGGAGAUGUGCCGGAGCGCCUGUCUAAGCAGAAGCAGCGGAUUUUGCGCUGGAAGAUGCAGAGAUUGGCCAGCAUCUGGCGAGGUCCGACGGUCCAUAAGAAGAGGGGGACUGAGCAAUCCCGUCCACAUCAUGUAUCAGGUCGUGCUAUCAACUCCAAGGUGAUAUAA